AUGAUUGGAAGUCCUGUAUGUGUUGGUGAAUCAUCAGAAAGAAACCAUGAGACUGAUUCUUCUUCUACUUCAUCAGCAAAUUCUAAAGUUCAGCCACCUUCAAUAACUCUUAAUCACAGUAUUCAAUCCGAUUUCUGCUUCGAACAAGCUCGUCUUAGAGAAACUAAUAAUGCUAAAAAAUUAUUAGAUCUUCCUGCCGAUGAUAACCAAUUCCUUGUUGCCAAAGGCAUCCUUACAAAAAUAUGUCGCAAAAAACCGAAACAGAGAACCUUCUUCUUGUUUAACGAUUCGAUUGUCUAUGCAAAUAUUUCUUUUGGCAAAUUGCUUGCUCAUCCGCACGCGUUUAAAUUGGAAGAAGUUACGAUUACGGAUGUGAUUGAUAGCGGAAUUUAUAGAUACGGCUUCAUUAUCGAAACUCCAAAAAAGUCUUUCACUGUAUACGCCUCGCUUGCAGAAGAGAAGAGAAGGUGGGUGGAAAGUAUUAACCUAUACGCCGAAGCUGCAAGACAAGCUGCUGGGAAAGAUGUCCAAAAAAACUUAUCUCUUCUCACAAAAUCACCGGUCUGGAUUCCUAAUUCUGAAGCGACUCAUUGUAUGGUGUGCAUGGUUACUGAAUUCACUCUCGUUCAGCGUCGACACCACUGCAGAAACUGCGGUAAGGUGGUUUGCAGCAAGUGCUCCCAACAUCGCUGGGUCCUACCCGCCCAGGGUCCCAAUAAACUCCGUGUCUGCAAACACUGCCACGACCUCCUACGAUCCCAACAAGUGAAGAACGAAAAGGCCGCGGAAGCAGCAGCCAAAAAUGACUCCAUUUACACCAGCAACAGACUCGACUUACCUUCUCAAAGGCUACCAGUAUUCGCUCCUCCCAAUUGGCAACAACAGGUCGAAGAGAAGUUAAAUUACGGUGAAGGUGAUUCAGACAGUGAUACGAGCAGUGACUUCGAUGGUCACUUACCUAAUACUCACCUUUCGGGGUAA